AUGCACUUUGACAGAAACGAAGAAUACCUAUACAAGAGGGGAACGUCUGAACGCCAUUUUCUGUUAAGUUGCAGAGUGGAGGGACUGGACGAAGUGAUCCAUAAUCCUGCAACGCUUGGCGCCGUGGAACAGCGGGAGAUCAUCGCACGCAACACUUUGACUGACUGGGGCCACGAAAUGACGUGUCGUUGCAGCUUGUGUCUCAGGAACAUGACGUUGAUUCGCACCAAUGCUCAUGACAACAUGAAGACGUCAAAUGCUGCCAACACAGCCCUUGCGUAUGCGUGGCCUUUCCUGGUUGCAGCAGAUGAACCCGCUGAGAUGACGGGAACCGCAAAGCAGGUGCGAAGACCAAAAGACAUUUUCACAGCGAAUACUUUAGCGAUUGUACCCAAUGAGGAAAAUCGAAGGAAGAUUUUGGGACGGAAAGUUCCGGCUGAUCGCGGAGAACCGAUUGCUUUCCUCGAGAAACUCUCCGACAAUUCUAUUCCCCUACCGUCUUUUCGCUUGCGCUUCCCAGUUGCGACGGUAGGAGCUGUUCGGGAGAUCGAUCUCACUGCUAUCCUGACGAAUGGUACAGUAUCGCGGGGCACAUCCUGUGCAUUCGCAUUAAGCGAGAACUGCGAGGUUUCCCAACCACAGCACUGCAUUCAUGCAUGUGAAGUCAUCGCCGCAAUGGAAGUAGCAGGAUUUCGUGAGCCGAUCGGCAAAAGCCGUACAUUCAUCGAUCGUUUGUUCAUGAUGCGCUCGGCGAACUUGCGGCUUUUGCUGGUGUUGCUUCGAUGCAUUUUGGCUGAUAUGUCAUAUAUCCAACGAAUUAUUUGCUGUGCAGGCUUCGAGGAACGAGUUCAAACUGAAAGCAUGGCUGGAAGGGCCAAUGCAUCGAAAUAUUCUUGUGCGCUGCGACCACAGCGAGCCGGAGCGUCUCGUCCCUGUCCCACUGUCAUGCGCAGCUGGCCAGCUGAGGACCCUGAAGCGCUGAUAGUCAACGCCGCAAAAUCCCACGAAAGCCUGGGUGUAUUUGUUCGUCCAAUCGUGUUCAGCGUGAUGCACGAUUUUGGUGCACUUGGAACUUACCUGGGUUUUGAAUCCACGAGGAAAAAGGAGUGCUUGUUGGCGAUUGAUACGUGUCCGGCAAUCAUGUCUUGUCUUCUGGUCGCCUGCUUCGCGGCCCCCAGGAAGUUUUUCCAGCGUCGCCUUUCUUACGAAACGAAGAAGAAAUGCACCAUCACAUUGGUCUUCCUUGCAAAUUUUCUUGGAGGAACCGAAUUCGCAAUUAUCCUUCCAACGGUUUGGCAGUACCUCCAAAGCGUAGGGAUCCACGAUGAAACGUACAUGGGAUACGUGACUUCAGCAUUCAGCUUCAGCGGAAUGUUCAGUGGGCUAAUACUGGGGAGAAUAGCGGACGCCACUUAUAAUAUACGCAAGAUCGCCCUGAUCGUGAAUCUCACCCAAAUCUUGGGACAAUUCCUGUAUUUCCUCGGAAACGAUGCUCACAUCUUGAUAUUGGGAAGGUUCGUAAACGGUAUCGGAGUUGGAAUGAACAGCGCUUUGUAUGCUGAUGUGAUCAGAGGGACGGAGCCGGCCGAGAGGUCCAGGGUGCUCACGGGAAUCUUCAUGACUCGUCAGAUAAGCAUCGUACUUGCACCAGCGUACAACAUCGUACUGCGCCAUUUGCCUACUUUCUCUUACGACGUGACAAUGUUCGGAAUGCCUGUGACUUUUGCAUUGAACGAGUUGUCAGCUUCCGGGUUCGUGAUGUGCAUACUAUGGAUUAUUUACGAAAUUCUCGUCUACUUGAUCUACUUCAAUAUCGCGGAAGAGAUCAAGACGAAACGACGUUCUGAUCGAGCUUCGAAGCGCAAGAAUCACUCGAGAAAUUCUCCCCCUCCGAUUGGUGUCUAUGAGAAAGUGGGAUUAUUGACAAAGGGUGGAGACAAGUCGCGAUUGAUUGACGCGGACGACGAAGCGGAAGAACCCAAUGAACACGAGGAAGUUCUUGUGCUGAAGAAUGGGUCGAAGGAGAAACUGGGCUACGAAACGUUCCCAUCGUCUCCGAAAAUCGAUAAUGGCGAUACUUCAACCGUGGAAUUUGUGGUACCUAGCAAGGGUCGAUCGGAGAACUCCGAUUCGCAAUCAUCGAAUGAUUCCGUGGACAUUCCAAGAGCAGAUUGUGAACUGUACAAGAAAGAAUUCUUCCGACCGGCAAUAAUUGCUCUGCUGUUCAUGCAAAUGACCUCACUUUUCAUGCAGACCAUGACGGAGACCAUUGUACCCCCGUUGUUGCAAGAAUAUUUCAAUUACGGGACGGCUGAGAACAGCAUAUUUUUCAUGAUCAUAGGAGUGGAGUUUGUGGCUGUUUACAUAAUUCUGCUGAUGAUUCUUGGGAAAAAAGAAGGGAAAUGGUGGACCAUCACAGAACAGCACGGGUUGAUUUUUAGUUCGAUUGCGAUGAACAUUUCACUAUGUGGAUUCUGGUUUGUGGCUUACUACUUGACCCCAGGUCGUGCAGAACUUUUGUAUGCCUUCGGAGCGACGUGUAUGAUUUUAUUCCUGGCUGUGGCGACGACGUCGGUUUCUUCGGUUGCCCUGAUUGCACACGUUUUGGAUGCGAGGGCACAAGGUGCUGCUUUUGACGUCUUAUUCCGAGAUGAACUCCGCAAUGAGAAAUUGCAGGUCGAGGAGAUCGAGUCCAGCAAGUAGCACAGCCUGAUUCAUCGCAUACGCUCUUCUCUUGGACUCAUUGACAAAAUGAUAAUCUUUUGGUGUUCCGUUGAUGUGAAUCUCGGGAAUGAACGUGCUUGGGGGUGUUACGCGUAAUUUUGAGGAACGUGGAUGUGAAAGUUGAAUCGCUCUUCAAGUUGUGUUCGAACACAACUUUUUUUUUUGAAUUUUGCGUGAAUAAAUUGACGCUUUUACUGAGA